GUCUGUCUCUCUCACACACACAGCUUUCAUCAAGUGCCGUCAAAAUCAUUAUUUUGCCCGUGCUCUCACAAGUUUCCAAGCGACCCAAGCAGACAGCAAGAGGUCUUUGUGAAAGUUAGUUCUUCUUAUAGAAAUUGCUAGAAACCAGUGAAAUGGCGUACAUCAUCCUUUCAGCUCUAGCUGUAUUGCUCGCUGUGAAUACAGCUAAUGGUAUCGUUUGCUAUAAUUGCAAUUCGAAGGACAGUGAAAGAUGCAAGUGGGGAUUCACAUCGUUCACCUACAGUACCGAAGAAUGCGCUAAAACCGCUGUUAUUGACAGCAUUCUUCCAGCCAAAUGCUUCAAAAUCACUGCAACCAAUAAAGAUGGAAAGGACUACAUCGCCAGAGGAUGCCUUCCUGCUGGCACCUUCGGUUGCAGCGCCAUGGCCAAAGCAGUUGGAUGGCUUUCUUCCACGACCAGUGACGAUGGAGACAGCCUCCAAAACUUGUCCUGCGAGACCUGCGAAACCGACAAGUGCAAUUCGGCCGACAGGUUCACCGGAUUCACGCUCGUCGGACUCGUUUUGUCCGCGUUCGUUUUCAUGCUCUAAACGAGCACUCAAUGUUUCUAGUCGGUCCUCGAUGGAGCAUGGGGUCUCGUGAACCGUUCUGUAUCGAUGUUUGCAUAGGUACAGUGUUACCCGUUGGUUUCCGAAUAUCAUAAUGUGGAAUUUUCUCAUUAUUCAGCUGGAGUUUGGCUUUCAUUGACCGUUUUAGCUUUGGGAAUAUUGCAAUAUACUGCUUUUACAAAAUUGAAAGCAGUUAGUUGGUCAUAUUUCAGGAUAUGUUGGAUACAGUUGUUGUCUCUCUGGUUUUUUGUUUCUGGCUCAUUGAAAUCCAGCAAAUCCGAAAAUACCAUCAGAGAUUUAGAUAAUGACGAAACGCACUGAUCUUCUGAAGGAUCUUCUCUGGUUUCUUCGGAAAAAUAUUCCAUAAAAAUUAUAAAUUUUCUAUCGAGAUGAAAAGUGGAUUUCAAUCAAUAUAGCCUGUGUGAUUAUUUGCACCUGGUAAUGGUUUUCGUUCAUGUUUUCUAAGAUAUUCAAUUGCAUUUGUGUAGAAUUAAUUCAUAAUCUUGGCAGUUUUUUAUUCUUUCGUCACAUGAAAUUCAUUAAAAGAUGCAUCAGAUGCUUGAACCGACCAAAUACCUAACUUUCAAAUUGAAGGGAUUCUUGAUACAUUAGUAUCAUUCCAGAAAUAUCUACUCAGAACUCUAGAGGAAUUACCAGAUCAAUGUCAUUUGACAUAAUUUCCAAGGCAAAGAACUUUCCUCGAACUCGAAAUUUGCAUUAAACCUAAAUAAUAAGAAAAUUCCAUUAUGAUUUGUACUCCAAUAAUAACACAGUAUACAUAUAUUUACGGAACCAUUUGUACAAGUUAGUACCUCUUAUACAAGUCUAUUCAUGUAUUAUCCGUUGGUUACCACUAUAGUUUGUUUUAUAUAAGAAGAGGAUAUAUCUAUAUACUUGUGCUUCUGAAGGAGGAAGAAGGCCGUAUAGUUUGAAGCUUGAUUAAAAUAAUACUGUAGCGAGUGAAAAAACUAUUUCUUAGGGUUAUUUUUCCUGAUUGAAUGCCGGCCAAUGAAAUGAAGCAUUCUGCUCAAUUCGAACCAAUAACAAAUCGAUUUCACAAAUUUCAUGAUUCACCUUCACUGUUAUGUUAUUCAAUGUGGAAUGAAGAAUUCUUCCUGAGGUACGAGGUUUCAAAUGGAUAAAGAAAGUUUAACUAGAAGUAUUCGAAACAGUAAAUGAAAAAAAUACAUACUGAUACAAUAUUUUGGUCAAAGCUCAAGGGGAAUAAUGAAAAAAUGCUUGUCUUCGUCAUUGUGUGUAUCAAUAUGGUUAUGAUUAUCAACACUCCCCGUGAAAUGCCCUUAUUGGUACCCACAUCAGAUCAACUAUAUGAAUAAACACACAAUUGUUGUGUAAUUUGGAUAGCAAAUAUAUAUGCAACUACCUCAGUGACUUUUAUGGCCUAUCAAGAAAUCCCUAAUGAAAUAGUUCUGAAUAUUUUGUGAAAAAAAUGUGUGAAUGUAUUUUUUUAUUGAUAUAUGUAUCUGUAAAAUAGUUUUAGAGUUCUUUAUAAUAAUUGAUAUUACAUUUUAUAUUCGUCAUGCAUGAUGAACGAUAUUUUAUCUCAAUUUACAUACAGCUUUUGAACCAUGUUUUACAAAAUUUCCUGUUGUAUUCUGAUAACAUUCCAAUAAUUUUGUUGUUAUUUUGACAGUGGCUUGGAAAAAAAUAUCAGUGACGUGUUCUCAUCCUCUCAUGAUUCCAUUUCAUGUUAAUAUAGUUGGGAUGCAAUAAUGUAGGGUAUAUAAGGCGCGAUACAAAAGUAUUCUCACUUCCAAUUUUUCCAUGAGAAAAUGAUCUGUUCAAUCUGAUUCAUUUUUAAUGCUGAGGUACCUAUAACUACUUGCCAUUAUUCCACCUUUCUCUAUCCUUUUGAUUGUAGUUAUGGUAGUAUAUGCUUUCCAUAUUAGGUCAUUUUGAUUGACAGGUAAUGAAUUCUCAAUAAUUUCCCUUCAUCUUUUGGGAUUCUCUUUAGUCGUUUCUAUGAAUAAGAAUAUGUCUACCUAUCAGAUUUAUAGAAAAUAUCUCAAAUAAUCCUUGGUUGGAAAAUGUUUGAGGAAGAGAAGAUAUAUGUAUUGCAGAAUAACGAAUUUCCAAUUAUCUCCAAAAAUUUAGAGAAAAGUACAUUCCACCUACUCGAUUUCUUGUUUGAUAUCAUUGACUGUAGAUCUUUGAUCUUGGGAUAAGAGUAUCAUAGUCGAUCAAUUUGCAAUUUCACCUACUUCCAGGAUAUCCAAACUUCCAUCAUGUUCGAUAAUUCAUUUGAUUGGUAUCUACCGCUGUCUAAUUAUUUGUUAUUUUUUCUUAAAAAAAAUAAAAAUAAAAAUCAUAUUCAAUCAU